CUUUGAGUUCCUAGUCGUACGUUUUCUCAUGUUGAACUCCCAGUAUAGUACACAGCGAUUAAGUAGAAAUGCUGUUUUGUUUAUUGUUACUUACUUGUCACUAAUAAUUAUUCAUACUGCCGGCUAAUUCUGGCGCGAGAUCGACUUUUUAGCGGUACAACAUAUAUCGGACUUCCCGAGUUUUGCCAGUUGCUUAUGCUUACAGUUAGUAAAAAAGGUGCUGCAGAAAGAAUGAUGAAGGUGUUGCUGUUUUUUGCACUGGCAAUUUCUUCCGGGACCACCCAAAACCUCAACUAUUCAAUAUUCAACCAAGUGCUGGAUUCUCUUCCACGACAGGAUGAAGUCCCGCGCACAUCUUGGCGUGAAAUAGAAGGUCAUGCUUCACAAGCCACACUGACUUUGUGUCCGGAUGUGGUAGAUUUUUUUAAUCAUACAAAUUUCGGUGUUACGAAUGAGACAGUAUGGCACGGUACAAACGUUACCCGGACUCGGAAUAUCGACGAUGGGAUGCGCUAUUACAAUUUGCAGCGCCUGCAGGGCACUGAGGCCCUGCGCUUCUAUAUACGCUCCACAAAAACCGGCCAGAUGGCUGGUAUGCCGAUUCAUGCAAUUUUUUUACGACAACUCAGAUCCUUCCUCCAACUGCCGGAUGCUAUGGGAACUCAUCAGGUUGCCGUUCAUAUUAACGGUCUUUCGGUAACCGAACUAGAGGAUGCCCUUACGUAUGCUUGGGGAGGAGCUGACUCGACAAGUAGGGACCUGCGCGCCCAAAUCGUCUUCCUUGAAAACGGCACAAUGUAUUUUUCAGGAAACGGGAUACCACUGAUGGUAAUCCUGUAUAUUCUUCGAAUUCCUAACCCUCCGAAAAUGGUUGCGGUGCCAAACUUAGUACCGCACCAAACGUUGUCCGCAAAUGCCUCAGUACGUCAGCUGAAGAAGGUACAGUAAUUCCUCCUUCAGUCGAGGACUUCCGCCAGCUAUUGCAAACGAAAGGCAUGAUCUUACAUUACGACACGCCCAUGUUUACUGGAGCCGGAUCCAGGGCUUUCUUGAAGGCGAACCAGACGUAUCGGGGAUCAGAGUCAUAUCGCGCAAAGAAUGACCUUUUCGAACUGGCUAUGCAAGAACGAGCUAAGCGAGGCUGUCUCAAUGAUAGUGCCGCUGAUAUUGUGGAUGUUCAUCUGGGCAACAUGGCUGCGCAGUGGACUAUCCUUUCCAGGACAAAUGGCUCCUAUUCCCAGAUCGUUGCAUCGCCAUUGAGUUUUGCACUGACAGUGAAUAAAGAACUGUAUGUCGGACAGCUGAACUUAAAUUCCCUGAAAGAGCAGAAAUAUGGAGACCGGUACCACAUGCCCUCAAGAUUCGAAAAUUUAUAUGCCGCCGUCGGUAAACUGCAUUGGUCAAAAACAUUGGAACUGGAUCCACAAUAUUCAUUCCGCAUGUACCUUGAUCGACCGCUUCAUGUCCAGUUGAUGCCGCUGCUGGAAUCGGUGCUGACUCAACGCUUGAACAGAACUCUGCAAGGUGACCGCCAGUUUGCUCAGGAGUUGCACGUGGUACUAUGGGAUCUGGAUCCUGAGGGUUACGUCGUUAACUUUUUUGUCCUCGGGUCCUACAGUAGCCGAAGUCCAGUUUUGGCAUUAGAUGCCAGAUUGACUUAUGCUCAAAUUAUCUAUGACAAACUCAACAACGCUUCCAUCAAUCUGAACACAACGGAAUUUAAUAAUACGUACACCCUCAGCAAAGCUCCUCCCGUUGGUCUGACGGAGGAUGGGAAAAGACGGUAUAAAUCUAUCGUCACAGAAAGCUGUCAAAAUGGUAUAUCGGAUGAAGAAUGCCCAGUGGACAGCACAUUCAGUUUGUAUGUGGAAUCGGCCAUACGCGAUCCGUUUUCUUAUAUCUUCCGACGUCCCACGGAAACGUCCGUAUUUCCGAAUUCGUCCACUGUUCUCAAUAUUGUCCAAACGGCAUUUGCUAAGGCGAAUCCCGUAACGAUUAAUGGGCUUUCUCUGACGAUCGCCCUGACGGAGCGGGAUGAUACUCUCCAGACUGUGGAAGGAUUUGAUGCCGCCAAGUACACAUUUUCCAUAUCUUAUCCGAACAUGGACACCGGGAGAUAUUGGAAAUUGUGGCGUUACCCAAGCAUCAGCGAUCUGAAUCUUCUAUUGAAUACUACGGCCGCCGUUCGCGUUGUUGAGUCUCGAACAUUUUAAAAUGCUCGCAUUGUAGUUUUACGGAAAUACGAGUAUGUGAUUAAAUCGUCAGGCAUUAUGGUUAGCGCGAUGAAUUCGCGUGUUAGUAGGUUAUGCACCGACUGAGGCUGACAGAGAUCAGAAGUCUAUCGCGCGGUAAAUUCCUAGAAUGUUAUUUUUUCUUUUUUUGAGAACGAAGGUGUAUAUGAUGCCUUUAAGCUGGAAUGAUGCUAUGUGUUUUUACUGAACAACUUUUUUCUCUCAAUCGCCAGUCGCAUUCUCAGUCAGUCUGCGCCGCAUUCUCAAAUUGUUUAAUUCCGCGUAAAGAAUUUUGAACAACUAGUCACUCAAAUGUACCGAUCGCGUAAGACAGUUCUUCCCGAAA